AUGACGCCCGCUACCUCUUCUCCUCCUCUCCACCCUCUUACUCCCCUCACCCCCGACGAGAUCCGAUCAUGUGCCGCCGCCCUCAAAGCUGCAUACCCGCCCACGGCGGACCUGCAGUUCAAGAUCAUUACCCUCAGCGAGCCCACCAAAGCCUCGCUGAUCUCGUGGAUGGAGGGCGGCGGCGAGAGACCCCCGCGACGGGGCUACAUCUCGUAUUACGUCCGCAACACCGACAAGCUGUUUGAGGCGUAUAUACUGCUUGAGGAGGGAGAGGGGGGAUUGGUGGCGGUGCUGGAGAGUAAUUUUAGGGUGAAGGAGGGCUACCAUGCGCAUGCGGAUGGACAGGAGAUUGUGAAGGUGGAGGAGGUGGUGCUGCAGGACGAGGGGGUUAAGGCGGAGCUGGCGAAGUUGGAGCUGCCGGAGGGGACGGUGGUGAUUUCGGAUCCGUGGACGUUUGGCUCCGACGGCGUUGAGGACCUCUGCCGCCAAUUCCAGUGCUUCCUCUACAUCCAGGACCCACACAGCAAGAACCCCGACUCAAACCACUACGCCUUCCCGCUCUCAAUAUGCCCCGUUUUCGACGUCCAGACCAGCAAGGUCACCCGGAUCGAGAAUCUCCCCACCGGAGCUGACUUCACACCCACUCUGCCAAAGCCAUACAAGAUCCCGCCUCCCUCCGAGUACACCCCCGAAUGCCAGCCAUCGCUCCGGACCGACCUGAAGCCGCUGCAGGUGGUUCAGCCAGAAGGCGCGUCGUUCCAGAUCUUGGAUGAGCAGCUUGGAGGCGGUGUUGUGGAGUGGCAGAAAUGGAGGUUUCGGGUCGGGUUUAACCACAGGGAGGGCAUGGUGCUGUAUAAUGUGACGUAUGAUGGGAGAAGCUUGUUUUGGAGGGUGUCGCUGAGUGAUAUGAAUAUCCCUUAUGGGGACCCACGGCCUCCGUACCAUAAGAAGGCGGCAUUUGAUCUAGGAGAUGUGGGCGCCGGAGUCAUGGCGAACAACCUAAGUCUCGGAUGCGACUGUCUAGGCUCCAUCCACUACUUCUCCGCAACACUCUGCGACGAUGCCGGCAACCCGCAAGCCAUGCCCAACGUCAUCUGCGUGCACGAACAAGACGCCGGCAUCGGCUUCAAGCACACAAACUACCGCACCGGCCGCGCUGUCAUCAUCCGCAACCGCGAGCUCGUCAUCCAGUCCAUCAUCACCGUCUCAAACUACGAAUACAUCCUCGCCUUCAUCUUCAACCAGGCCGGCGAGAUGAGCUACGAGGUGCGCGCCACGGGGAUCCUCAGCACCGCGCCCAUCGACGAGGGCGUCGAGGUGCCCUGGGGCACCGUCGUCCACCCGGGCGUGCUGGCAGCGCACCAUCAGCACCUCUUCUCCCUCCGCCUCGACCCCGCCAUCGACGGCCACGAGAACCGGCUCGUCUAUGAAGAGGCCCACGCGCUGCCGCGAGACCCUAAGACGAAUCCUCACGGCGUGGGCUACGUCACGAGGGAAACGGUGGUGGAGACCUCGGCGGGGCUUGACACGGACGUGGAUAGGAAUAGGGUGUUUAAGAUCCAGAAUGCGGGCGUGAGGAACCGCGUCAAUGGGAAGGCGGUGGGGUAUAAGAUCGCGGUGCCGCCGUUCCAGAAGAUGCUGGCGGAUGGGGAGAGCUGGCAUUAUCGGAGGGCGGAGUUUGCGGAUAAGGCUGUGUAUGUGACGCGGUAUCGCGAGGGGGAGCUGUGGGCGGCGGGGAAGUGGACGAAUCAGUCGAGGGGUGGGGAGGGGGUGAGGACGUGGGCGGAGAGGGGGGAGGGGGUGGUGGAUGAGGAUUUGGUGGUGUGGGUGCAGUUUGGGAUCAACCAUAUCCCCCGGAUUGAAGACUUUCCUGUCAUGCCCUGCGAAACCAUCAAGGUAUCCUUCAAGCCCGUCAACUUCUUCGAGCGGAACCCAGCACUAGACGUCCCGCCUUCCACACAAGCUUUCAACAAAAGCGUACUGCUGAAGACUGACCUGAAGGAUGCGGUUGCGCAUAAGCAGUCUGGCGCUGCGGCGGUGGGGGGAAAGAAUGGGGUGCUGAGGAAUGGAUGCUGUGAUUAG